UCCCGCCGCUAAGAUGCAUGUGAGGAUAAACGUGUUUAAGUGGACUCUGUUUAAACUUUCGGGAUGUUUCACCUCAGACUCAUCUCCUGUUAGCCAAGAAUGCUGAAGGAAGUUAGCUUGUCAGCAGGAAGUAGCCGGAGCCGGAGCUCGGCCUCACAGUGUGUAUUUUAUCAGAGUGAGCUGCGUGUCUGUAACGGAGUGUGUCUGGAGGAAAAGCUGCUGUAAACAUGUCUAAAGUCCAAACGCUGAGAGCUUUUGUCCAGCAGCGACUAAGUGCGGCUGCUGAAGAGAUAUUUGAGCUGUUUGAAAGAACGAUAGCAGAGUACGAGGAGGAACUUUGUGGACAACGCAAACUACUGGACGCUGUUUUCAAGCCUGAAGUCCGGUUACACAGAGCAGACGUCCAGCUGCUGUUGGUGAGUAAAGAAGAGGUUCCCCCUGAGCAGCUGGAGAGCAGCCCCAGUGUGGACCAGGAGGACCCACCAGAGCGUCCACACAUUAAAGAAGAGCGGAGCCCCAGUCUGGACCAGGAGGACCCACCAGAGCGUCCACACAUUAAAGAGGGGUGGAGCCCCAGUCUGGACCAGGAGGACCCACCCGAGCCUCCACACAUUAAAGAAGAGCGGGGCCCCAGUCUGGACCAGGAGGACCCACCAGAGCGUCCACACAUUAAAGAGGGGUGGAGCCCCAGUCUGGACCAGGAGGACCCACCAGAGCCGCCAUACAUUAAAGAGGAAAAGGAGGGAGAUCAACUUCGAGGACUGGAGAAUGCUGAUAUUACCAAGUUCCUAUUCACUCCUGUCCCUGUGAAGAGUGAAGAAGACAAUGAAGAGACACCUCAGUCCUCACAGCUUCAUCAAAGAUUAACUGAACAGAUGAAAAGAAACCCUGAUGGAGAGGACUGUGGACCAGAACCAGACAGGAACUCAGAUCCAGAGAGACAUUUACAACCAGCUACAGAUGACAAGACGUCACACUCGUCUGAAACUGAUGACAGUUGUGAUUGGGAGGAGACCAGGAAACCUCAAUCAGGUUCGAAACCUCUGCAAAGUGGAUGUAACACUGAUGAGAAACCAUUUGGAUGCUCUGAGUGUGGGAAACAAUUCAACCAUAACUCAACUCUGAGACGACACAUGAGAUUUCACACAGUAGAGAAACCAAUAAGGUCAUUUAGCAGUAAAAGAUUUAUUCAAAGGGUAAGUCUGACACACCACAUGACACUCCGCAAGGGGGAGAAACAUCGGCAGGACUGUGGAGGACCAGAACCAGUCAGGAACUCAGAUCCAGAGGGAUAUUUACAACCAGAUACUGAUGAUAAGACUUCACACUCCUUUGAACGCAAGACUGAUAACAGCUGUUAUUUGGAAGAGACCAGGGAACCUCAGUCAGGUUCAAACCCUCUUCAAAACAAUGAAGUAUCUGAACGUGAUCAGGAAUGUAGUACUGUAAAAACAUCAAGUAGCUCCUCUGAAUGUGCUACAAGCUCUGGCCACAAGGGACGUCUGCAGAAACGCAAGAGAAUGCAAACAGUAGAUAAACUGUUUAGUUGCUCAGUUUGUAAAAAAAGUUUUAGUGACAGAAGGAAUUUGUCCAGACACAUGAAAAUCCACACAGGGGAGAAACCCUUCAGUUGUUCUGUCUGUGGUAAGACAUAUGUCCAAAAGGAACAUCUGAGACAACAUAUGGCAAUCCACACAGGGGAGAAAUCCUACGGUUGUUCCACCUGUGGUAAAGCAUUUGCCCAAAAGUCCCAACUGAGGCGACAUAUGGCAAUCCACACCGGGGAGAAACCCUUCAGUUGUUCUCUCUGUGAUAAAACAUUUGCACAAAAGUCACAUCUGAAACCACAUAUGGCAAUCCACACAGGGGAGAAACCCUUCAGUUGUUCUAUCUGUGGUAAAGCAUUUGCACGAGCAGCACAUCUGCAACCACAUAUGGCAAUCCACACAGGGGAAAAACCGUUCAGUUGUUCUCUCUGUGAUAAAACAUUUGCACAAAAGUCACAUCUGAGACCACAUAUGGCAAUCCACACAGGGAGGAAAGCCGUCAGUUGUUCCCUCUGUGGUAAAACAUUUGCAUUUAAGACACAUCUGAGACAACACUUGAUUAGCCACAGGGGAGAAACCCUUUAGUUGGAGCAUUUUUGAUAAAACAUCCACUUGCCUCUAACAAACCUGAAACCACGUGUGCUGGUGAGAGCAGAGGAUGGAAAUGAAGCUGCAGAGAUGCUUGUUGAGCAGAUUCCCUCCAGCAGGACUUCAGUACUGAGGUCAAGACUUGACUCAACACUGAUCAGUUCAGAACUGUGACACAGACUUGUGACACAAAUCUUGCUUCAUGCUUGUAGCCAAGUUAACAUUUUAACAUGGUUUUUAUUUGUGUCACAUAACUUGUUCCAUUUCUGUGUACUGUGCUUUUUGGUGUUACAUGUAUUCAUCGAUUUAAAAUGGGUUAAAAUUGUGAUGCAUUUAUUCUGUUUUUUGUUUGUGGCUGCAGUUUUCUUAAGGAGCGUCAGUCCACUGUUCCUCAGAGGAGCCGGUCUGUUUCUGAUCCGCUCUGUUUGAUUGUAAAAAACACUUGUUCGAUACUUCCUGUAGCUGCAGUUUCUCCAGCAGCUGCUGCUAUAGAGUUGACUUUUACUUUGAUCCACUGCAGGAAGGUUACAGUUUUCACCGUUAAAAGCUCAACAUAUUGUAAAA